CGGAUGCUGUUUACAAAAUCAUUUCAUCCGAUGGUUUGAUUAUUGAAUGGUCGUGCGAGGAGUUGACCUUAGAAGAUCCGAGGAUUUGCCGUUAUCGAUUAUCGGCUCGCCUCGACAAAUUUAGUGGAAUGCGCGAAAGGCGGUGGGUGCGUAAAUUUUCGACGAGCUCACCCAAAAUUUACACUUGCGUUUCUCUUCAUACCUCUCCUCCUCACACCUGCUCACCAUUCUUCCACCAUCUCCUUUCCCCCCGCCAAUACAUCAAAUAUGAGUGACGAAGUCUAUGAUGGUGCCAUUGGCAUUGACUUGGGUACUACGUACUCUUGCGUUGCCAACUAUGAGGGCGCAAAUGUCGAGAUCAUUGCCAACGAGCAGGGUUCCUUCACCACCCCAUCUUUCGUUUCCUUUACUGCCGAGGAGCGUCUCAUUGGUGAGGCCGCGAAGAAUCAGGCCGCGAUGAACCCAGAGAACACCGUCUUCGACAUCAAGCGUCUCAUUGGAAGGCGAUUCGAUGACGAGACAGUCAAGAAGGACAUACAGUCAUGGCCCUUCAAGAUCGUCGACCAGGGCGGCAACCCAAUGGUUCAGGUCCAAUAUCUCGGCGAGACGAAGACUUUCUCUCCUCAGGAGAUCUCUGCUAUGGUUCUUGUUAAGAUGAAGGAGGUUGCUGAGACAAAACUCGGCAAGAAGGUCGAAAAGGCCGUCGUCACUGUUCCCGCAUACUUCAACGACAACCAGCGCCAGUCUACCAAGGACGCUGGCUCCAUCGCUGGUCUCAAUGUACUCCGUAUCAUCAACGAGCCCACUGCCGCUGCCAUUGCCUACGGUCUUGGUGCCGGAAAGUCUGACAAGGAGCGUAACGUUCUCAUCUACGACCUUGGUGGUGGUACCUUCGAUGUUUCUCUUCUGCACAUCCAGGGCGGUGUGUUCACCGUCAAGGCAACCGCUGGUGACACCCAUUUGGGCGGGUCUGACUUUGAUACCGCACUUUUGACUCACUUCCAAAAAGAAUUCCAAAGAAAGACCAAGAAGGAUCUCUCAAGUGAUGCUCGUGCACUCCGUCGUUUGAGAACCGCUUGCGAGCGUGCCAAGCGCACUCUAUCUAACGGUACCCAAACCACUGUUGAAAUUGAUUCGCUGUUCGACGGUGAGGACUUCAACUCCACCAUUACCCGUGCCCGUUUCGAGGAUCUCAACGCCAAGGCAUUCAACGGCACUAUCCAGCCCGUUGAGCAGGUGUUGAAGGAUGCGUCCCUUGACAAGUCCAAGGUCGAUGAGGUCGUGCUUGUUGGUGGAUCUACCCGUAUCCCAAGGAUACAGAAGCUUCUUAGCGAUUUCUUUGGCGGUAAGAAGCUCGAAAAGAGCAUUAACCCUGACGAGGCCGUCGCCUACGGUGCUGCCGUUCAGGCUGGUAUCCUCUCCGGAAAGGCCACAUCUGCUGACACUUCCGAUCUUCUCCUUCUUGAUGUCGUUCCUCUUUCUCUCGGUGUUGCUAUGGAAGGCAACAUAUUCGCACCAGUCGUUCCCCGUGGCCAGACCGUCCCAACCAUCAAGAAGAGGACAUUCACAACCGUGGCCGACUCUCAGACCACGGUCCAGUUCCCCGUGUUCCAGGGAGAGCGUGUCAACUGCGAGGAUAACACGUCGCUGGGUGAAUUCACCCUGUCUCCUAUUCCACCUAUGAAGGCAGGUGACGCGGUUCUCGAAGUCGUUUUCGAAGUCGAUGUGAACGGUAUCCUAAAGGUCACAGCGACUGAGAAGACGUCUGGCCGCAGUGCAAACAUCACCAUUUCCAACUCAGUAGGAAAGCUCUCAUCUGCCGAGAUUGAGACUAUGAUCAACGACGCUGCCAAGUUCAAGACCACGGAUGAAGCUUUCAGCAAGAAAUUCGAGUCCAAGCAACAACUUGAAUCCUACAUCUCACGUGUCGAGGAGAUGAUCUCCGACCCUGGCAUGUCGCUUAAGCUGAAGCGUGGCCAGAAGGAGAAGAUUGAGAGUGCUCUCAGCGAUGCCAUGGCUCAGCUCGAGAUUGAGGAUGCGCCGGCCGAUGACCUGAAGAAGAAGGAGCUUGCUCUGAAGCGUGUCGUCACCAAGGCUUUCUCCACCCGGUAAAUUGAACUGAAAAGCAGCAGCAGAACGGACGGCUAGGCGUGGUACAGAGCAUGUAGUAAAUGGACUGCUUUUGAGAAUGUACGUAAGGCAUACGAUACGGGGCGAGAACAAAAUGUGCACGGAUUGCAAGGAAUUUGCGGAAGGUGCUGAAUUGGGAUGGAUACAGGGCAUGCAAUCCACGGACCAGAUCAGGUCUUUUUCUCUUGAGAUGUGAAGCGGGCUGGCUG